AUGCGAACAACAGUCGAUCAGUGUCCUGCCGACAUUGUCUUAGCACCAUCUGGGUGCCCCUUGACUAACCUCGAGUACGCCGACGAUGUUGUUAUAUUUGCGGAAAGCAGUACGAAACUUCAAGAUGUUGUCAACUUUGUAUCGAAGCUGGCUGCAGCCUAUGGACUACGUCUACGCCCUGAUAAAUGCAAGCAGAUGUGGAUCUCUUCGAGACCACGAACGGGAAUCAGGGUGGACGGACAACCGAUAGAACUCGUCGAUGAGUUCUGUUACCUAGGCUAUAUGCUGUAG